GCCCAGAUGUUAGUUCACACGUAUUCCGCCAUGGACCGCUCGGAGGGACUGAACGGCGGCUCGGCGGGCGGCCGCCUCUCGCAGCUCUCCUCGCUGAACCAAGCGGCGGCUUACUCGUCGGCGCCGCCGCUGUGCCACACGCCCGCCUCGGACUUCCAGCCGCCUUACUUCCCGCCGCCCUACCCGCAGCCGCCGCUGCCCUACGCGCAGGGCCAGGAGGCCGCCUACCCGCACCUGGCCGACCCCUACGGCGCCAUCAACCCCAUCCACCAGCACCAGCAGCCCGCCUGGCACUCGCAGCGCGCCCGCCACGACGAAGCCGCCGCCGCCGCCGGCCUCCUCUCGCAGACCCACCGCGCCCUCGGCCUCGACCCGCGCCGCGACUACCCGGGCGUGCCGCGCUUGCUCCACGGCCUGGCCGACGGCGCGCACGCCUUGGCCGACGGGCCGCUGGGCCUCCACGCCCUGGGACACCCCAGCCUCGAGGACCUCCAGGCUGUGGAUGAAACAGGCAUGAAUCUUUUGGACCAGUCCGUGAUCAAGAAAGAUGGAAAACUGAUGUUCAGAGAUAGUAUCUUAAAGCCACCAACAGCUAAGAUGAGAUCUGAAUUCUGGUCCCUUGUACAAAGCCAUCCGCUAGGCAACAUCGGUUCUGUCUCAGUGCCCAUUCCCUCAAAAGCCAACGGCACCACCAUCUCCGCCCUGAUGGUGAACAAGGACACCCUGAUCGGAGGGGUGACCAAUCCCAAUGAGGUCUUCUGCUCCGUGCCGGGCCGCCUCUCCCUCCUCAGCUCCACCUCAAAGUACAAAGUGACUGUUGGUGAGGUCCAGAGGCGGCUGUCGCCCCCCGAGUGUCUCAAUGCCUCCCUUCUGGGCGGAGUCCUCCGGAGGGCAAAAUCGAAGAACGGAGGGAGAUGUCUAAGGGAAAGAUUGGAGAAGAUCGGGUUAAACCUACCCGCUGGGAGACGUAAAGCAGCGAAUGUUACCUUGUUAACGUCUCUGGUGGAAGGAGAAGCUGUGCACCUCGCCCGAGAUUUCGGAUAUGUGUGUGAAACAGAGUUCCCAGCCAAGGCCGCAGCAGAGUACCUUUGCCGUCAGCACUCAGAUCCUGGUGAACUCCACGCCCGGAAGAACAUGCUACUAGCAACCAAGCAAAUCUGCAAAGAAUUUGCUGAUUUGAUGGCUCAGGAUCGCUCCCCGCUUGGAAACAGCCGCCCGUCGCUCAUCUUGGAUCCUGGAGUUCAGAGUUGCUUGACCCACUUCAGCUUAAUAACUCACGGUUUUGGGGGGCCGGCCAUCUGCGCGGCUCUGACGGCGUUCCAGAACUACUUGGUAGAGUCGCUCAAAGGGCUGGAUAAAAUGUUCAUGAACAGCACAGGGAACGGCCACUCGGUCGGCGACUCCAAAAACUCAGAAAAGGAAGUGAAACAUCGGAAAUAACCUCCAGAAUUUCUUAGCCAGCCCCUGUAAGAGAGUCCUUCCAUUCCCCAGCUCAUAAAUUGGAGGCCUGGCCUUAUCAAUGUGUGGAGGGAAAGAAG